CUCAGUCUUAGAUCGUACCUUGGUGAGUGAGCAGGAUCCGCUGCAGCUGUCAGUCGCGAGCUCGCUCUUAGCUCAGUUCGUGCUCAGCCUCGCAGGGGAGAAGACCAGACCACCUACUCUCCCAACCUCUCGGGUUUGAAGGUCUAAUCUCAGCAGCAAACCAGGAAACACCAUGGGAGGCAAGCUGAGCAAGAGAAAGAAGGGGUAUGACGUCAGCGACCCUAAGGCCGCCAAGGCGACCCCCGCCCCGGAGGCCGUGGAGGCGAAAGCUCCCACUCCCGGGGCAGCCGAGACAGCAGUGCCGGCAGCCGUGGUGGAACAGGCGACCAAGGAAGAGCCGGCGCCACCAGCAGUGGAAGAGCCGGCGCCACCAGCAGGGGAAGAGCCGGCGCCACCAGCAGUGGAAGAGCCAGCACAGGCCGAGGAGCAGGCACCCUCAGAAGAGCCGGCUCCUGUAAUAGAAGAGCCAGUUCCUGCAGCAGAAGAGCCAGUUCCUGUAAUAGAUGAGCCGGCACCCGCAAUAGAUGAGCCGGCUCCUGUAGCAGAGGAGCCAGCUCCUGCAGUCGAAGAGCCGGCUCCCACAAUAGAGGAGCCGGCUCCGGUAGCAGAUGAGCCAGUUCCUGUCGCAGACGAGCCAGUUCCUGCAGUUGAAGUGCCAGUUCCUGUAGCAGAAGAGCCAGCAGCAGCAGUAGAAGAGUCGGCCCCGGCAACAGAAGAGACGGAAGUACAGGAGGUCGUCCAGGCGGUCGUCCAGGAGGUGAUGAGCGCAGAGGCCCCAGUGGAGGUCCCUGCAGCCGCAGAAGAAGCUACAGAUAAAGAGCCCGCUGUGGAAGAGCCCACGAUCGCCGCACCUGAGCCCGAACCAGAGACUGUCGUUCAGCCAGCAGACGAGCCUGCUGUGACCCUGGUGCCAGAGCCCGUCCUGGAGGCUGAGGCAAAGGCAGAGGAAGAAGCUCCAGAACCCAUCCCGGAGGAAGCCCCUCCCCCCGUCCCAGAGGAGCCAGUGCCGGACAGUUUAAUCCAAUCAGAUGCCCCCGAACCCGAGCCCGCAGAAGCCCCGCUCGCAUCCGAGCCAGAGCCAGAACCAGAACCCGAACCUGAGCCUGUGGCACCGCAGGGCGUAGAUGCCGCAGGUCCGGAGGGCGAAGCGGCUCCCAAUUUACUGGAGGAGGUCACAGAGCCUGUGAGCGCCGAGGCUCCAGAAGACCCCAAAGACACUGAAGACGCACCCGCUGAGCCAAUCCCAGAUAUUGUCAUUUCAGAGUCAGUCUCCAAUAACGAGUUCUCCGCAGCAGAGAGCGUCGGAGAGGUGGAGGAGGCAGUCUCCGAGGCAUGCAAACAGGAACCUGCCGCCCCGUCCCCCUCCCCCACCCCAGAGGAGGCAGCUCCAGAGACAGAGUCCGCAGCCAAUCAGGAGGCGCCAGCGGAUGAUGGCGGAGCUGUGAGCAAGGAGGCAGAGGCAGAGAACGGAGAGAGUGAAAUCGCUGACUCUACAGGAGAGCUCCCAGGGCCAGAGCAAAACGGGGAUGCUCUGGACCUCCUCCCCGACCCAGUUCCAGAGGAACCCACUGAACUGCAGCAAGAAGAAUGUGUCAACGGCCUGCCCGAGGAACCCCCCAAAGACCAGCACGACUGUGAAUUUAAGAAGGACUUGAGCCCGAUUGUCAACAUGGAGGUGCCUGACGCCAUUGCGGAGAUGGCCGAUGUCAUAAGUGCCCCUUCAAGUCAGGUUGUUGACUUAAUGUGAAAAACUAACAUAUAUAUAUAUAUACAUUCAAUAAUGAUUCAAAUAUUUUAAGUACACAGGCUCUCUUCUGAAAAUAUUGACAUGCCUGUGCUGAUAUCUCAGGCUAAUGAAUCUCUGGUUAACCAAAAAAACAACACAACAACUCAAGUGAAGAGCGACGAUAAACUGGGAAAUCCAAGUCUUUGUAUCAUAAACGCUUGAUCUGACAGGGGCAUGCAGGUGUUUGUAAUGUCUGAAGUCAAAAGGCCAGGUAACGUCCAAAUCACGUCCGAAGGGCAAAAAUAAUAAACCAGUAACAGAAUUCAAGGAAAAUAAACUGGACAACAGAACAGAAACUGGACAAUAACAUUGGAAAUGACAUAUGGAAUGAAUAGUCUUGUCUUUGUGUUUCGGCCUGAUGAGUAUUAAAAUGGUUAUUGGAUUAGCAUUUAAUAGUAUAUAAUCUAAUUUAGGCUUUCGCAUAUCCUUCCCUUAACUCUGGAAAAAAAAAUAAAAAAAUUGGGGAACUUUUUAACAUUGUCAGAAUGGGAGAAAACAGCGGGAGAAUGUGCAUUUUAACUUGAUGACUUGGCUAAGAAAAUAAAAAAGGAUUGUUAUAUCACA